GACAGUCUUACGGAUCAUUUUAUAUAUAUAAAAAAAAUUAUGCUUAGAGAUCUCACUCUGUGAAAUGGCACACGAUGUGAUGAAACUAACUGAGAGGUAAGACAUGGCAAGAUGAAGAAAAAUAGGGCCAAGUUUUAAGGAGUGUAUGAAAACAAGGGAAAAUAUCUUUUGAAUAUAUAUAUUGUAUAUAUUUAUUUGUUUCUGUGACUAAAGCUAUUGGUGAAAGUUUAAUUGUAACGUGCCACUAUUUAUAAGACCAAUAUUUUGGAAAUCUGUUUUGCAGAUCUAUAGUCAAUGUUUUGUGUACACUGACAUCAGUGAUCAAUUACAAUUUACAGUCAUGUAGGAUGCUUACAAUGGCACAAGUCCAUAUGUCCGAACAGCUACUGAAAGCAGAAAUAUGAGUCACAUCACUGCUGUAAGAAAAAAAAAGUCAUUUCCGUUCAGUUUGUCUAUCUUCUCAGCUGCAUUGACAACCUCUUCACAGCCCCAACAGUGCACUUGUUGGUUCACACCGAAGAACAUGUGUUGAUCAGAUAAAAUUUUCCAGCAAAGGUGGUUUUGAAGCUUUUCUUUAUCAAAAACACCUGCUAAUACUGAAUUUAAGUCCAUCAAAUCCUGGGAAUAACUUUAUUUUAUACGCCCAAGCUUCAGAAACGAUCAAAACGACAUCCUGUGAGCAUCUGAAAGGAUAUCCUUGGACGUAAGACAUGAAGGGGAAAUGACUACUUGUGGAAUAUCCUAUAAGUGGACAGAGGUCAUUAGAAUGUGCAGCACACGUUCAGGAAAUAUUUAAUGUAAUAAAGGGUGAACAUAAGGCACUCAUAAGGAAACGCAUUAAUGUGCUGAACGUUCACGGACACUGGAAUCACCCAAUCCUCCGGUUUGCAAUCUGUUAUUCACUGGCAGCCAGACUUUCAACCUUCAGCUUGAUAAAGUUGUGAUGUUUCUUUCUUCUGUUUGCGAGUGGUGAAAUUGCUUCACUUUAACGCGCAUAAAGAGUCAGAACGCACACACAAAGAUGAACGGGAUGUCGGAAGUCUCGGUCAAGUGUGUGCUGGUGGGCGACACCGGAGUGGGGAAGACAGCUCUGCUGGUCCGCUUCACCUCGGAGACGUUCCCGGACUGUUACAAGCCGACCGUUUACGACAACCUGGGCGUGGAGGUCUUCAUGGACGGGGUUCACAUUAAUCUCGGGUUGUGGGACACGGCCGGGAGCGAAAGCUUCCGGCAGAUCCGGCCCAUGUCCUACCACCAGGCCGACGUGGUGCUGAUCUGCUACUCGGUGGCUAACCCCGCCUCGUUCGCCAGCGUUCGCCGCCGGUGGAUCGGCGAAGUCAAGGACCACCUCCCCCGGGCGCCAGUGCUGGUCGUAGCGACGCAGACUGACCAGCGCGACAUGGGGCCGAACCAGGCCAACUGCUUGUCCUCUUCUGACGGGAAGCAGCUUGCUCACGACAUCCACGCCAAGGGCUACCUGGAGUGCUCGGCGCUAAGCAACCGGGGCGUGCAGCAGGUGUUCGAGUGCGCUGUGCGGACGGCCACCAACCAGGUCAAACGAGGGAGGUCACGCAGGAGGGUCUUCAACGUCAACCACUGCAAGAUAUUUUAAUGGGCUCUUCAAUUUCCUCAUCUGGUAAAGGAAUAUGUGUAUUGCACAAAAACUUAGUUGUUGUGGCUGACUUUGAGGACGCUUGGUUCGUAUAGGUUCAAAUCUGUGACUGCCGCAAGACAUUCUCGCAUCGUUGGUCUGCCAUUGAAUGGACAUUUAGGUAUAAUAUUAUACACUAUAAUAUUAUAGAAGUGUGCCCAAGCCAAGAAAAAAAGUUAAAUACAAUGGGACGCAAGGUAAUGUAGACUAUGUUAUAUAUCUAAAUUUCCUCAGGAAAGCAGGCAUUAAUUUCAAUAAUUAAUGCAAUAAUUAUUGCCUCAAUAAAGGCAAUAAUUUCAGGCAUUAUUUAAGCAUUUUGUCAGGGUAGUUUGAUAUGCUUGUUGGGUCAGCCGUUGGCUUGUUUCUGUUUGAUGAGUACUCUGCUCUAACAGGAAUUUACAGUACAGGAAGAGAACAACAGCACUACUGUGAAUAUGCUUAUAGUUUACCAUAAUAAAGCUAUUUCCCAUUUUAUGACCACA